AUGCUGCUGUGUCGGGGGCCGGUGUUGACCCAGGCUCUGGGCCGAUGGAGGUCACAGCGGGGAGGGGGCCUCCUCUACCGGGCUGCUCCUCUCUGCUCCAGUCGGUGUCACGGAGUUAACACCGGGGAAAGCCCUUCCCAGGCGGCAGAGCCAGGGCAGGUCCAGGGCAUUUACCGUGAAUCGGUGCUUCUUCCCAGGACUGACUUUCCCAUGAAGCUGGUGGGACAGAAGCUCCUGAGCAAAGAGGAGGAGAUCCAGAAGGUCUGUGGCUUUGCAGAGCUGUACACUUGGCAGAGAGAGAGAAAAGCCAAGAAGGAGUUCUGUCUGCAUGAUGGACCUCCAUACGCCAACGGGGACCCUCACGUUGGACAUGCCCUCAAUAAGAUCCUGAAAGAUAUCCGCAACCGCUUUGAGAUGCUGCGGGGGCGACAGGUCCACUAUGUUCCUGGUUGGGAUUGUCAUGGUUUGCCCAUUGAGCUCAAGGCUCUUGGAGAACUUGGGUCGAGUGGACUGAGCCCUCUCCAGAUCCGGCAGAAAGCUCGAGAGUUUGCUGAGAAAGCCAUCGCCCGGCAGAGAGAGGCCUUCCAGCGUUGGGGUGUGAUGGCGGACUGGACUCACUGCUACUUCACCUACGAUGGCGCCUACGAGGCCGCUCAGCUCAAGGUGUUCCAGGAGAUGCACAAUAAAGGGCUGAUAUACCAGGAUUACAAGCCAGUGUUUUGGUCCCCUUCCUCUAGAACGGCUCUAGCAGAGGCUGAGCUGGAGUAUAACCCGGAGCACAGGAGCAGAGCUGUCUAUGCCACGUUUCCAUUGGCGGAGGUUCAGGCGGAGGUUCAGGCGGAGGUUCAGGCGGAGGUUCAGGAGGAGGUUCAGGUGGAGGUUCAGGUGGAGGUUCAGGCGGAGGUUCAGGAGGACGUUCAGGAGGACGUUCAGGAGGACGUUCAGGAGGAGGUUCAGGCGGAGGCUCAGGCGGAGGUUCAGGUGGAGGUUCAGGCGGAGGUUCAGGCGGAGGUUCAGGCGGAGGUUCAGGAGGAGGUUCAGGAGGAGGUUCAGGAGGAGGUUCAGGAGGAGGUUCAGGCGGAGGUUCAGGCGGAGGUUCAGGCGGAGGUUCAGGAGGAGGUUCAGGAGGAGGUUCAGGAGGAGGUUCAGGAGGAGGUUCAGGCGGAGGUUCAGGAGGAGGUUCAGGAGGAGGUUCAGGAGGAGGUUCAGGCGGAGGUUCAGGUGGAGGUUCAGGAGGAGGUUCAGGAGGAGGUUCAGGUGGAGGUUCAGGCGGAGGUUCAGGAGGAGGUUCAGGAGGAGGUUCAGGCGGAGGUUCAGGCGGAGGUUCAGGCGGAGGUUCAGGAGGAGGUUCAGGAGGAGGUUCAGGAGGAGGUUCAGGAGGAGGUUCAGGCGGAGGUUCAGGUGGAGGUUCAGGAGGAGGUUCAGGUGGAGGUUCAGGUGGAGGUUCAGGAGGAGGUUCAGGAGGAGGUUCAGGUGGAGGUUCAGGUGGAGGUUCAGGAGGAGGUUCAGGAGGAGGUUCAGGAGGAGGUUCUGGCGGAGGUUCAGGAGGACGUUCAGGAGGAGGUUCAGGCGGAGGUUCAGGCGGAGGUUCAGGAGGAGGUUCAGGAGGAGGUUCAGGAGGAGGUUCAGGUGGAGGUUCAGGCGGAGGUUCAGGAGGAGGUUCAGGAGGAGGUUCAGGAGGAGGUUCAGGCGGAGGUUCAGGCGGAGGUUCAGGAGGAGGUUCAGGUGGAGGUUCAGGAGGAGGUUCAGGCGGAGGUUCAGGCGGAGGUUCAGGCGGAGGUUCAGGCGGAGGUUCAGGCGGAGGUUCAGGAGGACGUUCAGGAGGACGUUCAGGAGGAGGUUCAGGAGGAGGUUCAGGCGGAGGUUCAGGCGGAGGUUCAGGAGGAGGUUCAGGAGGAGGUUCAGGUGGAGGUUCAGGUGGAGGUUCAGGCGGAGGUUCAGGCGGAGGUUCAGGUGGAGGUUCAGGCGGAGGUUCAGGUGGAGGUUCAGGCGGAGGUUCAGGCGGAGGUUCAGGCGGAGGUUCAGGCGGAGGUUCAGGCGGAGGUUCAGGAGGAGGUUCAGGCGGAGGUUCAGGAGGAGGUUCAGGAGGAGGUUCAGGAGGAUGUUCAGACGGAGGUUCAGGAGGAGGUUCAGGCGGAGGUUCAGGAGGACGUUCAGGCGGAGGUGGGCGACGUGUGUGUGUUGGUGUGGACGACACAACCUUGGACCUUUCCUGCCAAUCAAGCCGUUUGCUACAUGCCUAAUGCUCAGUAUUCUGUGGUGAGACGGGAGGAUAACAAUAAAACUCUCCUUUUGGCCUCAGAGCGUCUGGCCUCUGUGUCUGCUCUGCUCGGCACAAGGCUGGAAACUGUGGCCACGUUUACAGGUUCUCAGCUCGAAGGUGGCGUCUGUAAACACCCCAUAAUCCCGACCAAAGAAGUCCCUCUGCUGCCAGCCAAUCACGUGACGAUGGCCAAAGGGACAGGGCUGGUCCACACGGCCCCCGCCCACGGCAUGGACGACUACAGCGUCGCAACUCAGUUCAACUUAUCUGUGGAAUGUUGUGUAGAUGAAGAUGGAAAGUUCACGGAGCAGGCGGGUCCUGAGCUGCAGAGUCUGUCUGUGAUGAGCGAAGGGACUGAUAAAGUGAUGGCGAUGCUGAGUGAGAGUGGUGCUCUGGUCAAAGAGGAGUUGUGUGUCCAUAGUUAUCCGUACGACUGGAGGACCAAGCAGCCUGUCGUGAUCCGACCGAGCAAACAGUGGUUUAUCAACACGGCUUCACUCAAAGACAAAGCAAAGGAGGUCCUGCAGAAGGUGCGUAUCAUGCCCGAGUCGGCCCGCAGCAGCAUGUUGUCCCAGUUGGACAGAAGGACGUACUGGUGCAUCUCUCGACAGCGGAGCUGGGGGGUCCCGAUCCCAGUCUUCUACCAUAAAGAGACCGGAGAGCCUCUGAUGAACAAACACACCGUAUCUCACAUCGCUUCACUGUUUAAGGAAAAAGGCAGUGACUGUUGGUGGGAGCUUCCUCUAGAGACCCUGCUCCCUUCAGACGUCCUGAAGAAAAGCAAGGCGGGGCCAGUGUCCGACUAUAUCCGCGGGGAGGACGUGCUGGACAUCUGGUUUGACAGUGGGGCGUCCUGGGCUGCGGUCCUGGAAGAGGAGACGGAGGAGGGGUCUGAGGAGCCGGAGUCUCGCCUGAGCUGGCUCCCGUCUCCGCUGCGUAAACCUUUGACCACAGAGUCUGACUCCAGGGCAGACGUGUGUGUGGAGGGCAAGGACCAGCUCGGAGGGUGGUUCCAGUCCUCGCUUCUCACCAGUGUCGCUGUGAGGAACAAGGCGCCAUAUAAGUCUCUUGUGGUCCAUGGAUUUGCUGUCAGUGAAAAGGGAGAGAAGAUGUCCAAGUCUGUGGGAAACGUUGUGGACCCCGACACUGUCAUUAACGGAGGAAAGGACGUGAGCGCGCCCGCCUAUGGGGCCGACGUGCUGCGAUGGUGGGUGGCAGAGUCCAACGUCUUCUCGGAGGUUCACAUUGGGCCCAGUGCGCUCAACUCGUCCAGAGAAAGCAUCCACAAGUUGAGAAACACCUUGAAGUUUCUUCUUGGAAACCUCCACGGCUUCGACCCUCGCUCUCAGGCUGUGGACCCCAAAGACAUGCACUACAUCGACCAGUACAUGCUGCACUUGUUACGGGAAUACAGCAUCAAGGUGACUGAUGCCUACAGUGAGUUUGACGCCGGUCGGGUCAUACGGCUCCUUCAAGCUUUUAUCAGCGGAGACCUGUCUAGUUUUUAUUUUAGCAUCAUCAAAGACCGGCUUUACUGUGACCCUGAAGACUCGUUGGGACGCAGGUCGUGUCAAACGGCUCUAGAAGAGAUUUUAGACGGAGUAACCCGAUCGAUCGCUCCUGUCCUCCCACAUCUGGCAGAGGAGGUGUAUCUUAACGCCCCGGGACACGACGAGGCAGAGACGCUGUUUAAAAGUGGCUGGAUCAAGAGUAGCUCUGUGUGGAGGCGGCCGGGGCUGGAGGAGGCCGUGGAAGGAGCCUGCGCCAUUCGAGAUUCUUUCCUCGCAUCGAUUCCAGGGAAAAACGCGGCGCUGUACGACCUGACGAUCGCUAUAGAGCCCGGUCUGCUGUUUGAGCUCAUGGAGUCUCUCCAAGUGGAGCCUGUGUCCACGUCCUCUCAGCUGGUGGAGCUGAUGAUGUGUGCUAAAGUGAACCUGACCAGUGCCCUGCCCCGGGACCUGCCCUCGGACGCCCUGCGGAGUCAUGGGACGUUCCUUAUUAACCUGGAAGGAGUGAUCCGUGAGGACAGCCCGUACAGCAUCGCGGUGGUGCCCUCCUCCGCGGCCCGCUGUCCCCGGUGCCGGCGCUUCACUUCAGACUCUACAGACUGUUUAUGUCCGCGCUGCCAGAGCGUCCUGGCACAGACCCAAUGA